AUGAAAAACCCGGUUGUUGGAGAGUACUGGGAAGAACCCCGCGCCGUAGGCUCCUCCCUCUCCUUUUUGCUAUCGCCGUCGUAGAGAGCGCACGUCCAGAGGCCCGAAAAUGCGCUACGUUGCAGCUUACCUUCUUGCUGUCCUUGGGGGCAAUGAGUCCCCAAGCUCAAAAGACUUAAAGAAAAUUCUUGACAGUGUAGGCAUUGAGACGGACGAUGAACGUGUGAAUAAGGUCAUUAGUGAGCUGAAUGGGAAAAACAUUGAAGAUGUCAUCUCCCAAGGUAACAGCAAGCUUGCCAGCAUGCCAGUUGGUGGGGCUGUAGCAGUUUCUGCUGGAGGUUCUGCUGCUCCUGCUGCAGGUGCUGCACCAGCAGCUGCUGAGGAGAAGAAAGAAGAAAAGAAAGAAGAGUCUGAAGAAUCUGAUGAUGAUAUGGGAUUUGGGCUGUUCGAUUAAACUUUUGUUGAGGGCUAAUCUAUAAUAAAACUUGGUUAAAAUA